GGUGCAUUGCAGGUCUUGGAGCCCAUUAUUGUGAGUUGGGGAGGUAGAGACUUGUGCACAUUAAAUUACCAGUAUGCAUCUGUUUAAAGGGCUUCUUUUUCAUUUUUCUGCAUGACAGGUGGGAGGAGAUGUCCCGGAGACAAAUUAUCUGUUCAUGGGUGACUUUGUGGACAGAGGCUUCUACAGUGUGGAGACUUUUCUUCUGUUGCUAGCUCUUAAGGUACGUUAUCCAGACCGGAUUACCUUGAUCCGGGGAAACCACGAGUCCCGGCAGAUCACCCAGGUCUACGGCUUCUAUGACGAGUGCCUCCGCAAAUAUGGCUCAGUCACUGUCUGGAGAUACUGCACAGAGAUUUUCGACUACCUUUCUCUCUCUGCUAUUAUCGAUGGCAAGAUCUUCUGUGUGCACGGGGGAUUGUCUCCCUCCAUCCAGACACUGGAUCAGAUCCGGACCAUUGAUAGAAAACAGGAAGUGCCCCAUGAUGGACCAAUGUGUGACCUCCUGUGGUCAGACCCUGAAGACACCACAGGCUGGGGGGUGAGUCCUAGAGGUGCCGGCUACUUAUUUGGGAGUGACGUAGUGGCUCAGUUCAACGCCGCCAACGAUAUCCACAUGAUCUGUCGAGCUCAUCAGCUAGUUAUGGAAGGCUACAAGUGGCACUUCAAUGAGACGGUGCUCACAGUGUGGUCAGCACCCAACUACUGCUACAGAUGUGGUAAUGUAGCAGCCAUCUUGGAGUUGGAUGAGCAUCUACAGCGGGAGUUCAUCAUAUUUGAAGCAGCACCACAAGAGACCAGAGGCAUACCCUCCAAGAAACCAGUAGCCGACUAUUUCCUGUGAAGUCUUUGAGCAGACAGCCAUGACACAUCCAAAUUUCCAGUACCGUUUCACAUCAGCUGCCCUCCAUCCUGCCGCUGGAUCGUUCUGUCAGUGUGAACUCAAAGCAGUGAGACAGAAAACCUGCCAAACCCUGCCAAGCUCCUGCACAGCUUCAGCUCGAAGAGCUGGAUUUUUUGCCCUACUGCCCAAGCCUGACAGAGCAGUCACUGUGGAAGGUGUAAGGACGAGGUGGUUAAUGGGCCCAUGACUGUUGUCAUUUCUCUUCAGCUACAUAAAGAUGGCCAUUUCUUUCUGCUCUCCUUCCAUUUGUUCUCAUCUUCCUCACUCUGUGUAGAUAUGAAUUUCUCCUUUCCUGGCUCAACUUUCACUACAAUUGUAGUAGUUGUUUUUUUUUGUUUUUUUCUUUUUUGUCCCCCUGCUGUGACAGACACUGUCAUUUAGUUUUAGACGUAUUUGGAAGGAGUGCUGUUUUUUUUCUUCUUCUUUUUUCUUCUCCUUUUUCAUGAUUUUUCUAAAGUAUGCAGCCGUAGGAAGCUUCAGUUUUAUCAUUUUAGAAAUUCCUUCAAUGCAUAUGUUGUCUCUGUUUUUGAUUUUUGUAUAAUUGUUGCUGCCAGGAUUAAACAAAAUGCCCUCUCUUCUCUUUAUUUGCUGUUUAACUGUCUCCCACCACAUGUGCUCCUUUUAACAAGAUAUUCCCGAGAGCUCCACACCCUCACAUCUUAACACCAGAGAUGUAACGACUCCCAACACGAGUCAUGUAUUAACCAUUGCCCUCUUAAUUUCUUUUAAUCUACACUUCUCUGUAGGUGUGUCAAUUUUGAUAUUGUGAAAAUAAAGGUUUUGUAUCUAU